AUGUUCCCAGCGGUCCCUUCCCCUCGAACCCCGGGUCCCGGGUCUCGAAGGGGUCCUCUUGGAGGGGUCGGGCCGGGCUCCACGCCCCGGGCGGCCAGCAGGAAGGGGCUGCCACUGGGGUCUGCAGUCAGCUCUCCUGUGCUCUUCUCGCCGGUUGGCCGGCGAAGCUCGCUGAGCUCUCGAGGAACACCCUCGCGAAUGUUCCUACACCAUUCAGUAACAGAGUCCGUGAACUAUGAUGUAAAAACCUUUGGAUCUUCUCUUCCUGUUAAAAUCAUGGAAGCCUUGACGUUGGCUGAAGUUGAUGAUCAGCUGACUGCUAGCAUAGAUGAAAGUGGAUGGGCUCGCCUGCUGUGCAAAGAGAAACUCAUGAUUUGGAGGAUUGGUCCCUCUCCUAUUACUAAGCUGUCUGUGUGCAAAGAGCUCCAGUUGCCAUCCAGCGAUUUCUGUUGGAGUACGGACUUGGUGGCACUCUCUUACUCUGCUGUCUCAGGUGAAGCACAUUCUAUUCAGGCUGUUGCUGUAAUGGUUGCCACCAGAGAAGGAUCGGUCCGCUAUUGGCCAAACCUUGCUCAUGAAGACACCUAUACCGAGACUGUUGUAGAUUUAGGAGGUGACAAGACUUACAGUUUUCUAACAGCCGUGCAGGGAGGAAGCUUCAUUUUGUCCUCAUCAGGAAGCCAACUAAUUCGGUUGAUACCUGAAAGUUUGGGAAAGAUUUACCAGCAUGUUCUCCCUCAAGGACAAGGCGUGCUUUCCGGAAUUGGUCGGAGGGUUUCUUCUCUUUUGGGAAUUUUAUCUCCUAGUAGUGAUCUCACACUUUCAAGUGUCUUUUGGGACAGAGAGAGAUCAAGCUUUUACAGCCUUUCAAGUUCAAACAUCAGUAAAUGGGAAGUAGAUGAUUAUUCAGAAAAACAAGUACAUAGUUGGGAUUUGAAUAGAAUCCUGAAGGAAAACAUUGCUGAUGCUAUUUGGGGCUCUGAAAGGAACUAUGAAGCUAUUAAAGAGGGUGUGAACGUUCGAUAUUUGGAUCUGAAUCAAAACUGUGAUGGGCUCCUGAUUUUGGCAGCAGCGUGGCAUCCGGCAGACUCACCGUGCGUCAUAUAUUACUCUCUGAUAACAGUGGAAGAUGACGGCUACCAGUUGUCAGGUGCCGUUACCGUCGAAGUCACUCAGUAUAACCCACCUUUCCAGUCUGAAGACCAGAUCAAGUGUCGGUUGGUGGUACCAAACUUUUCAAAGCAGACUGCCUAUCUGUACACUGAGAAUGCGGUCUACGUGUGCUCCACGGGAAAUGGGAGGCUUUCUCUUCCUCAAGAGAAGAUUGUGUUUGACACACAAGGAGAUAGUAUUUUAGGAGCUGGUUCCUGUGGUGGUAUUAUGAUUGUUUUCUCUAAAAAUGGUGGAUUGAUGUCGAUUAUGUCGAGGGAAAAUGUGUCCAUAUUAGCAGAAGACCUGGAAGACUCCCUAGCAUCUUCAAUUGCUGGACCAAGCAAUGAGAGUAUGGUUUUUGACUCUACUACAAAGAAUGAUAUCAUAGCUCAAGAAGAUAAAACCAAAUUGCUAAAAUCUGCUUUUCUACAGUACUGCAGAAAGGAUUUAGGUCAUGCUCAGAUGGUGGUUGAUGAGCUGUUUUCCGCGUGUGCUGAUUUGGAAUCUGACUGUGAACUAGACAGAGCCGUUACCCAGAUUAGUGUGGACCUGACAGAUGAUUAUCCGGCAUCAGAUCCACGCUGGGCUGAGUCUGUCCCCGAGGAGGCACCUGGCUUCAGCAAUACAUCACUCAUUAUUCUCCACCAGCUGGAAGACAAGAUGAAAGCCCACUCUUUCCUCAUGGACUUCAUUCACCAAGUUGGCUUAUUUGGACGGCUCAGCACUUGUGCUGUAAGAGGGCUGCCAAUGGCAACUCGGCUCCUGCUUUGUGAGCAUGCAGAAAAGUUGUCAGCUGCUAUAGUUCUCAAGAACCACCACUCCAGGCUUUCUGAUCUGGUGAAUACUGCUAUAGUGAUUGCCUUGAACAAAAGGGACUGUGAAAUCCCAUCGAACCUGACUCCUGCAGAUGUCUUCUUUAGAGAGGUGUCCCAAGUAGAUACAAUCUGCGAGUGUCUACUGGAGCACGAGGAGCAAGUCUUGAAGGACAUGGCGAUGGACUCUGUUGAAUGGGCUGAAGUGGUCAUCAACGUGAACAAUAUCUUGAAGGACAUGCUGCAGGCUGCUAAUCAUUAUCGCCAAAAUAAAAGCUCCUUGUAUAAGAGAACUGAAGAACCGCUAGAGAAGGAACCUGAGUAUGUUCCGUGGACAGCAACAAGUGGUCCCAGUGGCAUUCGAACAGCAAUAGUGCGUCAACAUGGUAUUGUCCUCAAGAUGGUUUAUCCUCAGGCAGACAGCAGCCUCCGAAACAUUCUGACAGAACAGCUGGUAGCACUGAUUGAUUGCUUCCUGGAUGGCUAUGUUUCUCAGCUGAAAUCUCUAGACAAAUCCAGUGAUCAAGACAGAUACAGCACUCUGGAAAUGGAGUACCUGCAGAAGAGAUCAGACCUCCUAUCUCCUCUGCUUGCAUUAGGCCAGCAUCAGUGGGCUGCUUCUUUAGCAGAGAAAUACUGUGACUUUGACAUCUUGGUGCAAAUGUGUGAGCAAACCGACAACCAGGGGAGACUGCAGCGUUAUAUGACCCAGUUUGCUGAUCAGAAUUUUUCAGACUUUCUCUUCCGCUGGUAUCUGGAGAAAGGAAAACGAGGCAAACUAUUAUCUCAGCCCAUUUCUCAGCAUGGACAGUUGGCGAAUUUUUUGCAAGCUCAUGAACAUCUCAGCUGGUUGCAUGAAAUUAAUAGCCAAGAAUUAGAAAAGAUUUGUUUUACAACAGUCAAAGAAAUGGCUGAACAAGAGCGCUUUCUGCUACACCAGGAAACCCUACCUGAACAGUUACUAACAGAGAAACAGCUGAGUCUCAGUGCCAUGCCAGUGUUGACUGCACCACAGCUCAUCAGCCUAUAUAUCUGUGAAGAAAACAGAAGAGCUAAUGAGUAUGAUUUCAAGAAAGCUUUGGACUUGCUGGAGUAUAUUGAUGAGGAAGAAGAUGUAAAUAUAAAUGAUCUUAAACUGGAAAUCCUUUGCAAAGCUCUGCAGAGAGAUAACUGGUCCAGUUCAGAUGGUAAAGAUGACCCCAUUGAACUAUCUAAGGACAGUAUAUUUGUGAAAAUCUUACAAAAACUUUUAAAAGAUGGCAUUCAGCUCAGUGAAUACUUACCAGAGGCGAAGGACCUACUACAAGCAGAUCAACUUGGAAGCUUAAAAGCCAAUCCCUACUUUGAGUUUGUUUUAAAAGCAAAUUAUGAAUAUUAUGUCCAGGGACAAAUGUAA